ACACUAUCCUGCACCGCUGCUGCAGUCGCUUCACACCUUGUUAUAGACACAUACGCACGCACGCGCGAAAACACGUGUAUACACGCACGCACGCGCCGCUUGUCGCUUUGAUCUCGGCGCAUCAAACGAGCCGCUGUUCUUUUUUUUUGCGGGGUUCCGCACGUGGAGCUCGGAGCGGUGCGCGUGCCCCCUGCCCGGUCUGCGAUCAGCAGCUGGGGGGAUCAUUAACACACUCCUGGGAGGAGCGAGCGUUCCCAGUAACACCAAGUAGAAGAUGAAAGCUGAGGUGGAGGCCAAGGUUCUCAUUUAUCAGUCGGACUUCCCACAUUGACCAGCGGAGGCACUGAUAAGUCCAAUCUUAGAUUGAAUGUAAAGACUGGAGUGAGUUGCCCCAGCAGAUUAAGGGUAAAGAAGGACAAGAGUGAGUGAACAUCAGAGUCCUGCCCUACGAUGUAUAAGUGAGUGGGAGAGACCAGAGGAGAGACGGAAUAAUGCCUCGCACCAAACAGAACAACCCCAAAAAUCUUAAAGACAAGAUCGAGGAAGCACAGAAGGAGCUCAAGGAGCCGCAAAGAGGUGCUCAGAAAGGCAGAAAUGAAAGUACUGACAAAAGUUCUGAUAGCAUCAAAGGACUAAAGAGGAAAAAGGUUUUGGCUGAAAACCAGCUGAAGAAAAUACCCAAGUCUCCAAUCAAGAAGCUGCCACAAGCCAUGAAAUCUGUUUCAGCUUUAUCCAAGGAAGCCACACCUGCCACUUUAUUGUCCAAGAGCCAAGCACACAGUACCUCCAAAUCAGCUCGAGAUUCUGAGAAUGAAGAUCAGCAAAGGACACUGGCAGAUAAGGCUGUAAAAGUGGACAGCAAGGAUUUGACUAGCUUACAGUCAGAGAUGCUUGUCCAUGAAAAGGGUGCAGAUAAGACUUGUGUUGUACAGUCUGUGCUAGCCAAAACCUGGGGUGAAAAAGUGAGCAACAAAGGCACAUCUGCCUCACACACAGCUGCUCCUCUUGAUGUUCUGCUUAAGGCCAUGGAGCCAGACUUUAACACUUUAACAGAGAAGAGGAACUGUAAUCCAAUUGGACAACUUGGGAAAGCCACCUCAGUUCCUCUUCCAGAGUCAGAUGUUCCCAUUGCAAUGGCUUCCGUUAAUUUCGGCCCACAGUCACAACCUGCAGUUGUGCAGGCAUUUCCUGCAGCUAAACCACACUUCUACAACAGUACGUCAACUGGAGUCCUAUCUGCUCAACAUCAAACCUCGCAGAAGCACCUGAGCAAGGCAGUUAAUAGCCAGCAUGACAAACCAGGACUUCAGAAGAGCUACAGUGCAGGUCCAUCUUUUAACUUGACAUAUGCCCCAGUACCUUCGGGGUCCAGUGGCCUGCCUCAGAGUCAGCCACCUACAGUGCAGACGUGCCAGUCGCUCUCUGCUACUGUUCCCAACCCCAUCCAAGUUCCAGUCACACCUGGCUUUAAUCCUGUACAGGUGGCAACAGUUGUCAACUUUGGCAUGAAUCAAAUGUGUGAGGUCACAACUAAGGAGCAGAAAAUGAAAAAGCAAGGGAAGUAUGUUUGUGAAUACUGUAACAGAGCAUGCGCAAAGCCUAGUGUAUUGCUGAAGCACAUACGAUCCCACACUGGAGAAAGACCAUAUCCCUGUGUGACAUGUGGCUUCUCGUUCAAAACAAAAAGCAACCUUUAUAAGCAUAAAAAGUCUCAUGCCCAUGCCAUCAAACUAGGGCUCAUUUCAAAAGACUCUGGAACUGGGUCUCUAUCUCAAGAAUCUGAUAAAGGCCUUGGUACCAAUUCGGAUGUAGAGGAAAGCGGCGAGAGUGAUGAGGAGGGGAAUGCAGCUGAUCUGGACCCGGAUUCUUCACUGAGCAGCUUGACCGCUUUGUCUGAAAGCAGCUUGCACAGUUCAGGCCCAGUGUCUGGCAGCCAAGGGGACACAGACAAUUCUGUGAUGUAUGAAAAUAUCAAACUUUUGUCCAGUCAGAAGGGCUGUGAACCCAAAGUAACUGCAGCUCUCCCUAAAGUCGUGGUUUACCCCGUCAAUGUUUCACCCAUGCGAGCGGACAGUCCAAGAGUUACAGAUUCCAAUCCAGAGCAAGCAACAGCCCAGAGGCAAAGGGAUUUCCAGACCCAGAGGUCCAACGUCACUGUUCUGUCAUCACUGAAAGAAGUGGAUUGCACAAGCCCCUUACCAGACUUUAUAAACGAGGAGGACAAUCAGCAGUGCAAGUCUCCUUCAGGUAGUGGACAUGCACAACUUCAGAGGCAGCAGGCAACUGACCAUUCUCAGCAGCCCGAAGGAAAAUGCCUGCUUAGCCCCCGAAGUCUGGGAAGUACUGAUUCUGGUUACUUUUCAAGGUCUGAAAGUGCAGAUCAAGCUAUGAGUCCUCCAAGCCCCUUUGUCAAGAUCACACCUCCAACAGAAAGUGAUCCAAAAAUUUUACAAGUUUUAUCUUCACCUGCAGUAGCCACUGUCAUGCAUGUAGCACCCAGUGAAAAGCCUCGAGUUUUGCCAGGACAGAUGCGUCCCCCAUUGGAGACAAAAGCCCUUUCUUUAGAAGAGCGCAUCACAAAGUUGAUAUCAGACAAUGAGGCUGUUGUGGAUGCCAAGCAACUCGAUAGUGUCAAACCAAGACGUACUUCUCUUUCCCGUAGAGGUAGUAUAGACUCCCCCAAAUCCUACAUAUUUAAAGAUUCUUUUCAGUUUGAUCUAAAACCAGUAGUGCGAAGGUCAAACUCCAAUUCUGAAAUACCAAAAUCUCCCUUUACACCUACUGAUAAGUCAAAAUCAAUUUUUCUUCUCCCUGUACCAACUCAACAUUCCAAUAUGGAUUGUUUACCAAUUACAAGAAGUAAUUCGGUGCCUUCAACACCUGGCCGGGCAGCUGUCCUCCCGAAUGCUACCCCUCAGCCUCAUCCGCUAAGGAUAUGCCAGUCAUUCGAUGACAAGUUUAGUUCAAUAAAUGAUGAUGUCUUCUCUCCGGCACCUUCCACCCCAAAUCAGGCUGUACAUAGAACCUUAGUCAGGCAGACAGCAGUUGAAGAUUUUUCCACAAAUGAGAGUCAUGUUCUCCUCUCUGUCCAUUCCAUGGAUGAAGGCCAUUAUGGAUCAAGCAUUACCCACGAGGCUCGAAGUAAGUCUUUUGAUCAUGCACCCGAAAGAACCCGAAAGACUCAGCAAAGCAAAGGGACAACUUAUGAAUGUGAAACCUGUCGUAACCGUUAUCGCAAAUUAGAAAACUUUGAAAACCACAAAAAGUUUUAUUGCUCUGAAUUGCAUGGUCCAAAAAACAAAACGAUGCCAGUCCGAGAUGUCGAGCAAGAUGUUUUCGCACGCGGACCACAACAACCUGUUAUCAGCAGAGGUGCCAUUAAUCCAAGCAUUGUGGAUCAACCACUGAUCAGAAAAAGACGCAAGAUGAAAAGUGUUGGGGAUGAUGAGGACCAGUCUCCGACUGAAACACAGCCUCCAUGUUCAAGAAGUUUUGAUUUGAGCCAGAUAUCCAUGAGUUUUCCAGGAAAUUCUUAUACCCAACACACGCCUACAUCUAAAACCCCUCCGUCAGUAGGACAAAUUCAGCUCAUUGCAAGAGGCAUUGAAGAGGCAAGAUUGUCUCCAAUACGAGAGCUUCAUAUCAGCUCAUGCAGUAAAGAACGAGCAGAACUUCAGAGACAUGGAAGCGGUACUUCAGUCAUUAGACACACUAACUCGCUCAGCCGACCAAAUUCCUUUGAAAUGUCAGAGUCAAUUGACCGAGCCUCUCCAGUUGAUUCUGUGGAAAAGGAUGCCAAUAGCUCAGUGAAAAGGCAUGUUGAAAACACAAUCAGUUCUUCUUUGCAAAGUUACCAUGAAAAAAUGUCCACACCGAAAUGUCCCAAUUUGGGAAUAAAUGAACUUGAAAAGCAAACUUUAUCAGUUGCUAGCAGCAGCUGUACACCUACCCAGUCUCGAUUGGUCCGGCAGAACAACAUUCAAGUUCCUGAAAUUCUUGUAACAGAAGAACCAGAUCGAGAGCAUGAAUCUCAAGUGAACGAAUCGACAGAAAAGCCUUCAGAAACUUUCAACUGGCCUCAGAGAAGUGAGAGCUUGUCCAAACUUCCAACUGAAAAACUUCCACCAAAAAAGAAGCGGAUACGGCUGGCACAAAUGGAACACUCCUCAGGGGAAUCUAGCUUUGAGUCGAGUCUCUCUCGUAGCCUUAGCCGAGACAGUAGCUUGUCAAGGUGCUCCAGUAUUUCGGCCUCAUUCGACAGAGAUGAUCCUCCAAGAUCAGACAGUCCAUCCAGGGUGGAAGGUGUUAGGCCACCACCAGAGGUCCAAGGACUUCCUGUAGCAAGCAAUACUCUCGGAGUACCAGGAAUGAUGAGAAGAGCUGCCUCCGAGCAAAUCAGCUGUACUCAACAAUCCGUUGAGAUUUCUUGCGAUUACCGUAGCAAAUCAUUUGACUGCAGUGCUAUAUCUCCCAGCAGGUCCACAUCACCAAUGGUAACUACAGUGCCAAAAAAUACACAGUGUGCUUCAACUCCCCAAGUACCCCUUAUCGAAAGAAGACGAGGGCCCCUUGUACGCCAGAUGUCUUUGAAAAUUGGACCAGAAGCUCAACAACCCACAGGAAAACCGACGGUCUCACUCCAGAGAUGCCCCUCUACAAACAUUUUUUCAGUGUCCCAGCAUAGAUCAUUAAAUGUUAAUAAAUCUGUUGGGCUGCAUUCUGGGGAAAUGCCCCUGAUGAAGAAUGUAAAAAUGGUGCAAAGUAUCAACCUUGGUAGCCAAACACAACAACCACAAAUUCAUGGUCUUCCCCAUCCAUGGCACCAGACCUCAAAGCUCGAGUCCCUAUUGCAUGUUGUUCAAGAUGAAGCAGAUAUUCAAAAGCCUGGUGAUACAGAUCAUAUCAAGAACUUUAUACCUAAAUACCAGAUGCAGUAUUCACUCCAAGCACACACUUUCACUAGUGUGCAGGGUGCACGAAUGACCUUGCCUGUUAUUACAGUACCAAUUGCAGACGAGAUCAAAGUUUCCACCUACAGCGAUGUAAUACAAAAAGUUUAUGAAACCCAUCCCGGUCAGCAGUGUGUCUCUAACAGGGGGAGCGCAGUUGUUUUGCCCACCAAUCGUGAAGGAGUCUCCGCUUCUCAGUCUUUUUCAGAACCUACUGCAGUUCCACAGAUUCUCAUCACUCAUGAACAUACACUACCUCCGUCAACAAUGGAUUCCAAAGUAAACCUUUCUGAAGUGAAUGCAAAAAUCGGACCAGACAGGCAAAAUGUAAGGUCCGCCGGGUCAGUUGGCUUCCAAAUGAAGACCAUUAUCCCAGCAAUUAGACAAAACCAUACUGGUGAAAUCCAAAGCUCAUCAUCUAAUAGUUCAUUACACUGCACCCAAAAACUGGUAUCAGUGAGCCUUUGUCCACAACAAGAGCCCACCGCUUCAAGUAAACGUAUGCUUUCGCCUGCCAACAGCCUUGACAUCGCUAUGGAAAAGACACAGAAACGGGCAAAAGAUGACCACGGUGCGGUGUGUCUUACAGAUGGCCGGUCUCUCAGUUACCUGAACUCAAAAAUGUCAGAGUUGACCAGACAGCGAAAGCUAAUGCUUGUUCGGCAGGUUUGCACCACUGAACCAGUAGACAGUCCAAUAGAAACAGAUGCCCCCGAGCAGCUCCCUGAAUGCGCCGAACCGGAAAAAAAUCAUCUGGUAGAAACAAAGUGUGACGUAGUUGAACAAGAAAUGGAGAGCAGGAUGCCUACCACACCAGUGCAGACAGUUCCAGGAUGUGACCCACAUUCCUCUCUGGGUAUACAAAGCCACUCUGGACAUGGAAACAUGACACUGAAAUCACAAGAAAAGCCUGAGGAGCAUCAGUGGUCUCCAGCGAAAUCUCCUGUGAAGCCUCCAACUUUUCAAGGGCAGAUCAAAUUAGCUGCUUCGGUUUCGGUUGUGAACACACGAGACAGCCAUCGUCUGUCUUUCCCAAGCCUGAAGACGGCAACAACCUUUACCUGGUGUUUUCUGUUGAAAAGGAAACCACUACAUGUUGAGCAGACAGACCAGAGAAUCUCGGCCUACUCUAACUGGACAGUCAAGCCCAAAAAUCCGAAUCCACUGGGUCUUCCAACCAAAGUGGUCAUGUCUCUUUUUGACUCCAAGCAGAUCUCCAAGAAGAUACUGUAUACCCAAGCUAUAACAACAAGCUUGAAAUCCGACAUAUUGACUUACUCUGGAAAACUGAAGGAAAUUUUGCCAAAGGUUUUGGCCCAAAAAAGCACCUUGCGAAACGAGAAUUGUGGCAAGACAAAACCCGAGAGUCAGCCAAGCCACGAGUUAGACUCCUCCAAAGCGGAACCUCGGCGGGUAAAGAUCUUCGAUGGAGGUUACAAAUCGAAUGAGGAAUAUGUGUAUGUGAGAGGUCGUGGAAGAGGGAAAUACAUCUGUGAAGAGUGUGGGAUCCGCUGUAAAAAGCCAAGCAUGCUGCGCAAGCACAUCCGCACACACUCCGAUGUCCGUCCUUAUCAUUGCGCACAAUGCAAUUUCUCUUUCAAAACAAAAGGAAACCUUACAAAGCACAUGAAAUCUAAGGCCCACAGUAAGAAGUGUAUGGAGAUGGGAGUUGCCAUUGGUGUUAUUGAGGACCACGACACUGAAGACUCAGGAGGUGAUCAUGGAAGAACAGGCAACGCAGAUCGACAAGAUUCUGAUGGCGAUGAUUCCGAUGGCCCCGACGACGAGGAUAAUGAUGGCGAGGAGGAAGAUGAGGAGGACAGCCAGGCAGAGUCAGGCCUUUCUGCCACGCCAUCAGUGUCCGCAAGCCCCCAGCAUCUCCCAUCCAGCCAGGCUGAUCCAGCACCCAGCUCUCUCCUAGCACAAAUGUCUCUCAGUCCAAACCCUAACCCAACUCCUCUCCAUCAAAUUCCUCCAGCAUCAAAGGAUCCGGCAUCGUACACUUAUUCACUGGCCAUAACCAGCUCUGUGUCAUUGGUCCGACAAAUGUCAAGCUAUGCUGCUUGCUCUAGCCAUGGCCCCAGCACCUCUUCCUUUGUCUCUUACCCGGUGCCUACCUCAGAUUUGAAUUCCUCUGACACGGAGUCUGUCCACAUGAUGAGCCCAGUUUCACCCUGCAGACAGAUGUCCAUCGAUUAUCCUGACCCUGAUAUGCCUCCAAGUCCACCUGUGCCAAGCAAGAGCUCCUCAUUGGGCCAGGAGGAAUCAACCACCAGUAACUCCCAAACCACAAACGAGUCUAACUUCAAUGUUGACCGAAGCACCCAGACAACUUCCGACUCCCUUCAGGGAUCUUUGCACUUUCCAUCUCUGGGUCUAGAGCAAGAAACCGGACCUGGAGCCACUACUCGCCUCUUCAGUCACCUCCCCCUACACUCCCAGCAGCCUACUCGCUCCCCUCAUAGCAUGGUCCCGGUAGGAGGCAUCCAGCUGGUGCCUGCUGGAUUGGCGGCAUAUUCUACAUUUGUGCCCAUUCAAGCAGGGCCCGUCCAGCUUACCAUUCCAGCAGUCAGUGUUAUCCACCGACAGGCUAGUAGCCCUCUCCCGAUGUCUAACAACUCCCCCCAGCCUCUGGGCUCACCUUGUCAGCCACUUGUGGUUCAGGAUCCGCUAAAUAGUGUUCUACCCUGCUUCCCUCUUGGCCAGGUGGCAGGGCUUCAGACCCUCACUGCUUCCCAGGCCACACUGCAACCUGUUGGCUUGGAGACACUGAGUGUGGUGGGUUUAGCGAACUCCACCCAACUGGUGCCACAACAAAGUCUUGCACUAAAUGCAGCUCUGGGCAUGCAGGUCCUGGCCGCCAGUCCAGCACCUCAAAGCAGCACAGCCUCCCCGGGUCAUAUUUCUGGCCUGCAGAUCCUCAACAUUGCUUUGCCUGCUCUGAUACCCUCCCUCAGUCCCCUUUCUGCUAUCAGCCCUCUGGUCCCGGACAAGCCAGGCAGUCCAGAGGGGGUAGCCAUAGUUUCACAAGUAGCAGAGUCUCCCCCGGCAUCUUCCCCCACCGGCAGCUCUCCUACAACUUGGCCAGCAGCAACACCUGUAGCAGUAGUUCCAGUAGCUGUAAAGCCUUUGGUGGAAAUGACCUCGCCAAGCAAACUUACUAGGAGUGGAAAAGAUGCAGUGCUUAGCACAAGUGAUGCCGAAAAGGCAAAAUCAACACAACCACCACAUCCCUCCUGUUCCACAGAGGGAGAAGCUGAGAGUGCACAAAAGGCACCAGCUGUGGAAGCUGGUGAGGCAAGAGUGCCACGACAACAAUUCACCAGGCAAAAAGUAACUGAUGACUUUAACAAUGCCUCCAGUGAUGACGAAGACAGACUUGUCAUUGCUACCUGAGGGUCCUUAACGGAAACUCGGUACUUCCUUCUUUCUACCGAUCUCUCGAUCAUUCUGUCAAUUGCUUUAGCUCUUUUUUUUUUUUUUGUAAAACUUAGUCACUUUGUAAAAGUGAAAACACUUAAGGGGUUUUGCACCUUGCAAGCCGCCGAUAAAGCACACUUUCUGACAUUCAUAAUUGUAUGUGCAAUCAUAACUGAUGACCAAUUUCUUUUUUUUUUUUACUUUUAUUUUGGUCACCUCGAGAUUUUUUCUUUUUCUUUUUGUACAUGUUGUACAGACACUUGUGCCUUUUUGGAUUUUCUUUAGAAAACUGUAAAUAUUAUCUUCCAUUUCUAGUACUUGCCUGUGCUUAAUUAGCCUAGAAGUCAUGGAAAUAAGUAAAGAGAAAAAAAACUAUGGAGGUAAAUUCAUUUUAUUUUCAAAUGGUUGUCAAUGGUAAAUAAAUGUUGUACUGAUAUAUGAACAUUUAUAUGGCUUUUGGGGAAGUGUUUUGGUGUACAGAUGUUGUGUUCAUCUAUUUAUUAUAUUACAUCUAGUGCCCAGUUGAUCUCCAUAAGUCCAUGAGUAUGUGUAAAAUGGUCACUUUACAUGGAUGUAUCUACACAAUCAAAAUGUAUCAGUAAAAAAAAUUGUUUACAACUGUA